GGGCGCCCGGGCCUCAGUGGUUUGCCGCCUAGCCCGGGCCGAUGUGGGAGCCGCUCGGAGUCCAGGCGUGUGCAGCGGCGCUCGCGGGCGCUCUUCUCCUGGUGCUUUCCGUGCUGGUGGUCCGCCAGCUCCUGAGGCAGCGGCGACCGGCGGGCUUCCCCCCGGGGCCACCGCGGCUGCCAUUCAUUGGCAACAUCGGCUCCCUGGCCAUGUCUGCCGAGCUCCCCCACGUCUACAUGAGGAGGCAGAGCCGGGUAUACGGCGAGGGCCCACUUUUGUGCCAAAGACUCUGGUGGAACUGCUUGUAUUUCCUCUUGAUUUUCAGUUUAGAUCUUGGAGGGAUAUCAACUGUGGUUCUAAAUGGCUAUGAUGUAGUAAAAGAAUGCCUUGUUCAUCAAAGUGAAAUUUUUGCAGAUAGACCAUGCUUUCCUUUGUUCAUGAAGAUGACAAAAAUGGGAGGCUUACUCAAUUCCAGAUAUGGCCGAGGAUGGAUUGAUCACAGAAGAUUGGCUGUUAACAGUUUUCACUAUUUUGGAUGUGGCCAAAAAUCUUUUGAAUCUAAAAUCUUAGAAGAAACCCAGUUUCUAAUUGAUGCUAUUAAAACAUACAAAGGUAAACCUUUUGACCUCAAACAACUAAUAACAAGUGCUGUUUCAAACAUAACUAAUCUUAUCCUUUUUGGAGAACGGUUUACUUAUGAAGACACUGAUUUUCAGCACAUGAUUGAGUUAUUUAGUGAGAACGUGGAACUAGCCGCCAGUGCUCCUGUCUUCCUGUAUAAUGCAUUUCCAUGGAUUGGCAUAUUACCUUUUGGAAAACACCAAAAGCUAUUCAGAAAUGCAGAUGUGGUCUACGAUUUCCUCGAAGGACUUAUUGAAAAAGCUGCAGUCAACAGAAAGCCUCAUUUACCUCAGCAUUUUGUUGAUGCCUAUUUAGAUGAGAUGGAUCAAGGUGAAAAUGAUCUUUUAUCUACGUUUUCCAAAGAGAAUCUGAUUUUUUCAGUGGGUGAACUCAUCAUUGCUGGAACUGAAACUACAACCAAUGUGCUACUCUGGGCAGUUCUUUUCAUGGCUCUUUAUCCUAAUAUUCAAGGACAAGUUCAUAAAGAGAUUGAUUUAAUUAUGGGCUACAAUAGGAGGCCUUCUUGGGAAGACAAGUGUAAAAUGCCUUAUACUGAAGCAGUUUUACAUGAAGUUUUAAGAUUCUGUAAUAUAGUUCCACUGGGGAUUUUCCAUGCAACCUCUGAAGAUGCAGUUGUACGUGGUUAUUCCAUUCCUAAAGGCACAACAGUCAUUACAAAUCUUUAUUCUGUUCAUUUCGAUGAAAAGUACUGGAAAGACCCGGACAUAUUCUAUCCUGAGCGAUUUCUGGACAACAGUGGAUGUUUUACUAGAAAGGAAGCUUUCAUUCCUUUUUCUCUAGGGAGAAGACAUUGUCUUGGAGAACAGCUGGCUAGGAUGGAAAUGUUCUUGUUUUUUACAGCAUUACUUCAGCAGUUUCAUUUGCAUUUUCCACAUGAGCUAGUUCCAAACCUGAAACCCAGGUUGGCCAUGACAUUGCAACCCCAGUCCUACCUCAUCUGUGCAGAAAAACGCAGAAAGUGCACAACUGUAUUAGGGGAUUACCUUGUUUAAUCAAUAAUGGUAUUUGAGCCAAAGCCACAGUUUUAUAAAGCCAAGUGAGCACGGAUCCAUUAUUUAAACUAGUACUAGAGCAAUAACAAGCAUUAGCUGUUAUUUUUUUCUAACUUCCAUGAACUCUUAUAGAAUAUACUGAAUGACACAAAGAUGUAAGUGUUGUGUAGAUACUAAAAGGGGCAAUGGAUGCACUAAACAGAAUUCUUGUUUUGUGUAAGUUUCUUCUGAUCUGGCUCCAUCCUGGGGAACUUGGUUUUUUGCUCCCAAACUGAUUCCUUUAUAACAAGUGUUGUGAUUAGCAGACUGUGAUAUCAGUCCAGGAUAAAAGAAGAAAUAAAACCCAUAUAAAUUAAUUUUGACUACAGAAGAAUUUUAUAUAUCAUGGUAGGCAAUGGAAAAGCUUCAUAUUUAAUAUAGACCCUUCCAGUGCUUUCAGAUAUUCCUCUCUACUAUGUAUUUAUAAUUGUGUCAUUCUUCCUAUAAACAAGAGUUUCUGUGAUCCCUGAGCAUGCACCCUUACAGCAGCAGUUCAAUAUAUAAGAAAUAAAGUAUUCAGUUGGCUGUUUAUUCUUUCUUUGUAGGCACAGUCAUUACACUUUUCCUAUCACCUCUUAUUUCUAAGACCAGUUACAGAACUCAGAUUCAAACAUCUUAUCUUACUGAGGUCUUAGUUCCAUGGGUUAGGCAGUAUUUAAAUCCAAAAGUCUGCUAUAGAGACAGGGUAACUUGUAAAUGGGACACUUGAGAAUGAUAAGAUGUUAUUACUAAUUAUACCAGGACAAAUGGCAUAUUAUCACAGGCCAAAACAAACUAGAAUGUAUAUGUAUUCAUUUAUAGCUAUUUUUUUCAUUAUUGUUUCUUCUAAAGUUCUUCAAAGAGCUCAUGUUCAUGUAACUUGUUUUGUGAAGAGUUGUAGUCUUAGACCAAGUAAAUAUAACAAUGGCUCGUAUGAUGAAUAUGGGUUAGGGGCCACAGAGAAGGCUCAACAGUUAAGAACAUAUACUGCUCUUGAAGAAGACUUGUGUUUAAUUUCCAGUGUGCACAUCAGAUGGCUUACAAUUUCCUUUAACUCAAGCUCCAAGGGAAUUCAAUGCUUCUGGCAUCCAUGACUAUUCACGCUCAUGGACAUACACUUAAUUAAAAAUAAUAUUUUUUAAAACUAGAAAGAACGUGGAUUUAACGUUAAUCUGCCUCAUCUGCUAAAAAUUUCCUGGUUUCUGUGAUUCAAACCAGGAGUUUCGUGUUGUAG